AUGCUUUCUCGACGUAAAAUGUCACCAUCUCGGAGAAAACCAUCUAUAACAUCUUCUUCAUCAGAAACAUCAAUAUCAGAAGAAACCAGAUCGAUUGAAUCGGAUCAAAAUUCUAAAAAAUUUGAUUCAACCAAUACAACAUAUUCCACAACCACGAUUGAUACAACAGCUGCAAAACUUUCGCUUACAUGUAAUUUUGGUGAUUUACCCGCAUGGCUACAAGAUAACAAAGACAUUCUAAGAGGAUAUCGUAGACCAACACUUUCUUAUAUAAAAUGUGCAAAGUCACUAUUUUAUCUUCAUAAUGAAAGUGUUAAUAUUUGGUCACACUUGAUUGGAACUAUAAUAUUUAUAAUUCUUGGAUUUGUAACAUAUUUUUCCGUAUUGUCAAGUCAACCAAAUAUUAAGAUAUGGGAUUUUCUUGUUUUUUAUACUUUUUUAUUGGGUGCAAUGAUUUGUUUAGGUUUCUCUUCGACUUUCCAUACUCUAUGUUGCCAUUCUGAAAGAGUUUGUGCUAAUUGGAAUAGAUGUGAUUAUGUUGGAAUUGUCACACUAAUCGUAGGGUCAUUUUAUCCAAUGAUUUAUUAUGGAUUUUAUUGCAACGGUUUAUUACAAAUCAUUUAUCUUACAUUAAUUUCAAUAUUUGGCGCUGCAACUAUUUCAGUCGCAGUUGCCAGCAAAUUUAGAUCACCUGAAUUUAGAUGGUUUCGUACAGGAAUGUUUUUAUCAAUGGGUUUAAGCGCCAUAGUUCCUUUGGCUCAUGCUUUGAUAUUGUAUGGGCCUGGACUUUGCUUUGAUGUAAUAUCUUUAAAAUGGUUACUAUUAAUGGGCGCAUUAUAUGUUGUUGGUGCUUUAAUUUAUGGUGCAAGGUAA